GUCCUUAGACCGAGGCAGUUAGUCCCAUCGGAACCAGUCAUCUCGAGUCAGUUGGCCCUUGCUUGACACUCCCGGAACUACUACUAUUUUCUCCCUCGGUCUCGGCGAUCACGCAGUCAGGCCCAAGUCAUCACUAGCGCUAUUGGCAAGCAUCGCCACUUUUAAACAACAUAAGUACAUCGUAAACGCUACCCAUCCUCGAAAUUUCUCCUAAAAAUGUCAAGUCCCUACGUCUACUCUCCCCCCGCAUACGAACCGACACCAUAUCUUUAUUCUUAUCAUAAUCAACCUCAACGGUCCCCCUUCAUCCCACCAGCUACUUUAUUCCCUUCCUCACCCCAUACUCCUUCGUCUCCUUAUAUUGGCCUUCCAAACACACCACAGGGAGUACACUUUGACGAUGGCUACUGGCAACCUCCUCCUCGAGUUAGGAGACCAUCGUGGCAUGCUGGGACGGAACAAGCUCCGCCGAGCCCCUCCUUCCUCUCCAUACCACAACAACCCAACCACAACCGAAGACACUCCUUCGGCCACCAUUAUACCCCUUGGACUGGAGCUCCUCCAGGCUCACCAUGGUCGCAUCGUCCCUCAUCUCCUCACUUCCAGAUCCACCCUCUCCUGAACGGAGAAGCACCACGCUCAGAUUUUUACUUCGACCUCGCCUCUCCAAGUUUUACCCCUAUGCGAUGGAUCAGCCCUGGGCAGAGUGUCGUUGUCUCUUGGGAGGAGCUGCGACAGCCUGCCACGUAUCCUUCUAUCACUUCCAUGCGCAUCACUCACCCCGCGAUCCCAAAAUGGCCUAUUGACUUGGAGUACCACUAUGACAAUAGUGGUAGUUCGUAUACUGCAACCGCUCCACUUCCGAUCACCCUGGCAGACGUCCUACAAGCCAUUCAUUAUGCGCUGCAUAAACAGAUCAGCCAUCGUGAUUGGGCCGAACUCACAUUGUCUGAAGAAACUGCUAUUGCGCGUGCUUAUACCCGUCGGUGCAGGAGUGUCCCUUCUUCAGCUCAGGUGGAGGCGAGCCAGGGAGUUAAGAGAGUUGACUAUCUUAAGGAUAAAUUUAUGUUCAGAGGACUUGUUAGGGCCCAGGAUGAAGACGGAUUUUACCACUGGAAGAUGAUUACUUGACAUUCUAUUUAAAGAGUGCUUAGCUGACACUUUUUAUGUACGAUACUGAUGAGUAUUUAUCGUCUCAGUUUCUUUCCCACUAACCUGCUCCUAUUACACCACUAAUCGUAUGCUUUAUGGAUACAUGUACCUUAUGAUUGUUCGAACUUGGAACAAUGUCAUGCCUUUAAAACAGUCUGAUAAACGU